AUGAAUGCCCAAAUAGUAGAAGGAGAUGCCGAAUUGAAAGGCUUAUCCACCAGUUCUUGAAGACAAAAGCGACUCCAAGAAGCCACCAGAGAUUCACCAUGGUGAUGACCCGGAGUACACAAAAAUUGUUGUUAUGAUUCCCAGGGUAUACUUGAAUAAGCCUAUACAUCUUAUUGAUGAUGAACAUUGCCAAAGCUAUCCACUAAAAUUUUUUGAGAUGAAGAAAUCUCCUUUUGCAGCAAAGAGAUCACCAGGUAUUGUAUACGGCCAUUUUGACUUCCACAAUCCAGUCCGUGUACUAUCACAAUGUGAAGGUGAAGAGAACGAAGUAAACCCUACCCAGGUUUCCAACCCACAGAAGGGAACAUUGGCACAAUUGAAUUUGGCUAAAUGCGUGAUUUGUGAUGCCAAAAGGCCAGCUAAAAAGAUGGAACGGUCUCCUAAAUGCGGACAUUACUUCUGUUUGGGCUGCAUUCAGCAAUAUAUCGAAGACUUGAUUAUUCAAAACGCCAAAAACCUCUAUUGCCCACAACCUUGUUGCCUACGACUUUUGGAUCCUCGGGUCGUUGCGGAUCGAGAUUGGGUGUAGGGUUUAUUUUUAUGACAUUUUAGCAUCCUUUUGUUUGAUAUUACCAUCAGUUUUGUCUAUGUAUUUUCAUUGGAAAUAUUGGCUUUAAUGGAGCUCAAAAUGCUGUCUAGCUAAAGGAUGUUUAAAGCUUCUAGGAAAUUACUGUAUCUUUCUUUUGAAAAAACCGUUGGGAGAAUAAGUUGCUUUAUUCAUAAUUUAGUUUGAGAAUGAUAGAUAGCCUUUGGACUAAAUAUUGAUGUUGGUAGAGGUUCUUUGCAAAUUAAACUUAUUUGAAUGUCGAGGAUUUUGUUGAUUCAUAGUUCAUGUGUCGAUGUCAUAGUACGUGUAUCACAUUACGAAGGUAUUGUGUUUCAUGUAUCCAAAAAAUUAUUGCAGUUUAGCUCCAUAUGUAUACUUGGACGAUGUAAUGUUGACGAUGUUGUAC